UUCGAAAACGGGAACGUCAUCCUCGUGGCCAAAUCCUACGAGUUUCGCGUGUUCAAAGGAGUUCUUGCCCACCACUCCCCCGUUUUCCAAGACAUGUUCUCCCUCCCUCAACCUGUAUCCUCCACGUCACCUGAAAGCACACACAUCUCCGAUGCGUGUCCGGUCGUCCACUUGAGCGACUCCCCGGAGGAUCUCAGGCACGUACUGCGGAUAUGCUUACCUAGGAACGAUUUGAGGUUUUUCUCGUUCUCCGAGGGUCAAGACACCCCGUCGUUCGACAUGGCCUCCGCCCUCAUCCGCCUCGGACACAAGUACCAAAUGCAAGCCAUGGUCACACAAGGGAUCCAGUACCUGAAACGCUGUUUCACCGACGACUUCCUCGUCUGGUCUGAGGGCCCGCUCUACGAGGACGACUGCCCAAUCAAAAAGGAUUACGCAAUCGGGGUCGUCAACCUCGCGCGCCUCGUCGACGACCCGUCCCUCCUGCCCACCGCGCUCCUCGCCUGCUGCGCGCUCGACGCGGACAUCGCGCACGGAUACACGCGCGAGGACGGCACGCGCGAGACACUGUCCGCGGACGACCUCGUGCGCUGCUUCGCCGCGCGCAUGGCCCUCGCCGCGCGCACGGCCCUCGCCGCGCGCAUGCUUACGCUCGCCCUGCGCAUAUUCGAGCCCCGCGUGCGGGACUCGGACGCGUGCACCGGGCGGGCCGCGUGCGCGCGCGUGCUGCAGCAUGUGCUGCUGGAGGUGCGGGGCAGGGCGGACCACUUCGCGCACCCGGACGUGUUCUCGUCGUGGCUCGAGCCGUUUGAGGAGGAGGAAGGGAUCGGCUUUCUGGAUGGGUGCUGCGCGAGCUGCCGCAAGAUGCUGAGGAGGAGGGACAUGAGGGAGCGGCUCGAGGUGUGGCUGGAAUUGCCGGAGAUCAUGGGUGUGCGGGUGGACGGGUGGGACAGGAAGCUCUUUGCGGUGUGUGACAGAUGA